AACAUAAGAUUACAUGGUAUCAUGGCCUUUAUAUAACGACUAAGAUGGUAUGAACGACUUAAACAUCUUUGAAAUAUAAUGGUAACGUAGAGCAAGAAUGUUUCAUCGUGAAGAUGUACAUACAUUUGUGAAGUCAUCCAUACAGCGACCAAAAACGAAAGAUACCUACGGUAUUCAUAAAUAAACCACGCACGUGUUACAGAGUUUUUAUUUAUGUCUGGCAGUCUGCUGCGCGCUGUUUUCAUUCAGCGAUUUGGCUCGCAGAGUCAAAGCAAGGGUUGCGUCGCUUUAUUCCUGUGGAUCAAUAAAUAUGGAUACAUGGUGGAUUCUCAUUUGCGUGUUUUGUGGACUGAUAUGGAAUGGGAAUGCAGCAAGACUGAAAUCUGACCAACAUGUGUUGAAUGUUUGUAUGGAUGGUAAACAUCAUUUACACGAACCAACUUCAGAGAAAUUAUAUGGAUUGUGUCAACCUUGGGAAGCAAAUGCAUGUUGUUCAAAUGAGACUGCAUAUCAUUCUCAAAAAACGUUUUCAUUUCUUUAUAACUUGAAUCUGAGUCACUGUGGAGAAAUGUCACAAAAGUGCCUUCGGAGAUUUUAUAUCAGCCAUUGUUUUUAUGAAUGUACGCCGAAUGUUGGCCCUUGGAUUAAAUCGGUGAGAUCUUCAAUUCGUAAUGAAAGGUUUUUCCAUGUUCCUUUAUGUAAAAGUGAUUGUGAUGCUUGGUGGGAUGAUUGUAAAGAUGACUUGACAUGCGUCGACAGCUUUGCAACUGGUUUUGUUUGGCAUAAUAAUACCAAUCAUUGUCCUGUAAACAACAAAUGUCAAAGUUUCAAGAAAUGGUUUCAUAAUUCAACAAAUUUCUGCCAGACUAUUUAUCCUGAUGAUUUCAUUGUUAUUCAAAACAGCACUGUGCCGUGCAUGAAACUUGAAUUUAACAGAACAAGAAAUCCAAAUGCCAAGGUGGCAAAGAAAUAUGCGGAAAUGAAGAAUUUGUAUCUUGGCAUCAAAAAAUCAAGUCAAUCGCCUGCGACCACAACAACACAAAGCCAGAAAGAAACGGUACAACCAUAUGUUCCACCAACUAAAACACCGGUCCUUCAACAAACUGGAACAAUCAUUUCCAUUGUUCUCAUCAGUCUUUUAAUAGUUGGAAUUUUUAUAGGUGUUUUAAUAUACAAAUGUAAAGAUGCGAUACUGACUAGAAAACGCGCCGGAGAAGGUUAUUUGCCAUCUUUCGCAUGGUUCAAACAAGCGACAAACAGACAAACAACGAAUCGCUCUGACACCGUGGACAACCGACCUUUUCUACAAGCUGGAGAGGAAGAUGAUGAUUGUGAUAUCAAUCCUCACGGAACACUAGAAAUUGAUUUGUAACUUUUAUUCUGAAACUGCUGGUUUGAAAUAGCAAAAUCCCCAGCAGUUCAGCUCUGACUCCAGAACUUCCAUUUUUUUCCUCGGAGCGUAGCCAUUAAAGUUUUUUGGUAUGACCGCUACUGUGAAACACCAGCCCAAAUGCAGCUUCAGCUGCGAGACAGGAUAAAAGGUUUUGACACUAACUUUAGAUUAAUGUCAGAAAUUAAAUUUAAAACAAAUAUAAUGUAAAUAGGGUAUAUUUUAUUAUUUGUAUGAAUUAGAAAAUCAUAAUUGUGAACAAAUAAUUAGAUGGUAAGGAGCUAGGGCAGGCACUAUAAUUCCUGUUAGGUCCACCUCCAUCUUGUAUAAUAAGCUUGGCUCCAGCUACACAAAACAUUACGACUCCUUGGCCCUGCUUACAAUAAUAACCAAAAUGUGUUUUUCGGCUGGUUUUAAAUUAUUUUUCAUUUAGGCUAUUCACAGAAUAACCAACUACACAGCUACGGUGGUUUCUGCUUUGUUAAUUUGAUACCUUGAAA